AUGAGUGCAACAGCCCGCAUGGGAGGCCAGCUGAUCCUUGAAGAGGAAUACAAUGAGAAUUAUACACCUUCUGAACAAGAGAUACAAGAGUAUGCAAGAGAGAUUGGUAUUGAUCCUGGCAGUGAGCCGGAGCUCCUGUGGCUGGCAAGGGAAGGCAUCGUUACACCAUUGCCUCAAGAGUGGAAGCCUUGUCAGGAAGUGACAGGGGAAAUUUACUAUUUCAACUUCUCCUCAGGCCAGUCCACCUGGGACCACCCCUGCGAUGAGCACUACCGCCUCCUGGUGGCCCAGGAGCGUGAGCGCACCCAGCUCACUGCAGCUGUAGGAGGCAUGGGGGCAAAGAAGGACAAGGACAAGAAGACAAAGAAAGAGAAGAAGGAGAAGGAGAAGGAGAAGGAGAAGAAGGAGAAAAAAGAGAAAAAGAAGAGGGAGCCAAUAAAUACUUCCGGAGCACUGACCUUGGGAUCCUUACCGUCUCCCCUGGGUGACCUGGCCCCUCUGAGAGGUCUGGACACCUCCGACCCUGGCCCAGUCUCUGGAUAUGCCCCUCCUCUUCGAGGGUCCCUCAAAAAUAUUCACCUGGACCAGGAUGCCCUGGGAGGAGGCCUUCAUUAUGACGAGUGUGAGACGGAUGAAAACGUUGAGGAGGAUUCAUCCUCCAUUGAUGUCAAGCUUAUGGAUAUCGUGGACUUGUCUGGGGCAGAGUUGAAGGUUUCAGAAGCUGCCAACAGGUUUAUGCUGGCUAAAGAUGGAGGAAGCUCUUUAGCCAAUAAAGUUGACCGACUCGUCCUCCAUCAGUCCAGACCAUCCAGCUCCUUCUCCAGCCCCUCCGACUCAGAGCGAAGUGGAGUGGAGCUAAGUCCCAAAGCCUCUCUGGGGCUCCAGAGGCCUAGAACCGCUAGAGGUCGGACCCCGUUAAAAACCCUUGACAAACCAGACAGAGAGAAUAAAGAGAGAGAGGAAGACGAUGAUAAGGAGAGUGAGUGGGAGGAGAUUCUUAGAGAACAAAAAGAGAAGGAGGGGGGGAGGAGGAAGGCUGAUCAGGAGGUAGAGGAGGAGAAAAAACAGUUGAUGGGGGAGAAAGAGAAGAGGAUGUGUCUCCUCCAGGAGGAGCUGCGUAGGGAGGAGGAGGAGGAGGAGAGGAUUCUGAAGGAGGAGAGUGAGGAAAGACUGAGGGCUCUGCGGCAGCGUCUCCUGUUAAAGAGGAGAGAGGAGGAGGCCAGGCUCACUGAGGAGUCUGACAGGAUGCUGGAUGAAACCAGAGAGUCUAUCCAGAGGGAGAGAGAGACACAAAAGCACAAGCUCAGGGAGGAGAGUGAAGCCAUCCUGAAAGAUUUGGAAAAAACUCUAGAGGAAGAGCGAGCAGCGGAGCGAGACAGGCUGGAAGCCCAGAAGAGGCAGGAUGCUGAACUCCUUAAGGCUGAGCAGGGAGAGGAGCUGGAAGCAAAGAGGACCGACUACCAACGAGAACUCACUGGCCGGCUCCAGGAAGUGCGGGAGGAAGAGCAGCGGGAUCACGAGAGGAAGCUGGAGAAGCUGAGGGAAGACCACAAGAGAGAAAUGAACAACAUCAGCGAGAAAUACCUGGAUGAGGAGACCAUACAGAGAGAGCGCUUGCUCUCCACUCUGCAGGACGACAGAGGGCACCUCCAGGCCUCCCACGCUGUCCAGCUGGAGAAACUGAGGCUUCAGCUCAACACUCAGAUACAAAAGACGCAGCUCACACACUCACGCAAGGAGUCCGAAAUGCAGGAUCUGGCAGAUCAGUUGGAGCUGAAAGUCAAAGAGCUGAAGAGCCAGGAGAGCAUGCUACAGAUCAAGGUAGUAGAUCUGAAGAGAAGGAGGAAGAACCUCAUAGACGAAGGAGAGGAGGUGGGAACAGAGAUAGAGGCCUUACCCCAGCUGAACCAGGAGAGAGACCAGCCAAAGGACGAGCUGGAGAGGAUGAGAGAGGAUAAACAGCAAGCCUUAGAACUCAUCCAGAGAGUCAGGGAGGAGCGGAGCGGGGCAAUCAAGGAAAAGGAGAGGCUGAAAGGGGAGAGGGAAAAAGCCAGAGACGAGAGCAGGAGAGUGAAGGAGGACAAGGAGAAACUGGAGAGUAAUGUGACGCUGCUGCAUGAGAGAUGCGACGGUCUCAUCCACAGAGUCAGUGAGUUGGAGCAAGGUGAAGGUGCAACUACUUCCACCAGACAGGAGCCGAGGCAGGUCAAAACUAAGGGAGAGAAAACCGAGAUGACGGCCCUGGGUCACAGCUCCCUAGCCCCACCUCCCCCUCUGAGGCCCUUGAACCCUUCGUGGAACUGGGCGACUGGGAGCUCUUCAGCCAACGCCGUCUACAAUGCCCCCAUUAGCAGCGGGCUGAAGGCCUCUGAGGAUCUCCUCAACAGCCGGUGGAGCCAGAUUUUUCCUGGAGCAGCUGUGGACCCAGUUGCGUCCAGCACCAUGAGGACCAGCUCAGCCUACUCAACUUAUACUCCUGUUAGUGAACAGAGUCCCAGCCUGCGGUCCAUGCAGAAGUCAGCAGAGAUCGAUGGUCAGAGGCUGCAGGGAAUGAUCGACAGCAACAAGAGGUGGCUGGAGACGCACAAGAAAGACCCCAGCAUACCUCUAUUGACUCGCUAUCAAGCUCCGUCCUCCAAGAGAAGCCUGGUCCAGCUGGGCAUGGACGAUACCAACCAGAUCAGAGUCUACCACUACUGA